GCGUGUGCUAUUGGUUGGCCUGAGCACGUGGACAACUUCCCGUCUCAGUCCAAAAUAUUCACAGCGCGUGUGGUCAUGGCAGAGAAAGUGGAUCUUAUCGCUAAGUGCAUUAGAACGUUCCCUGAUUUCCCUACAAAGGGGAUUCCAUUCAAGGAUAUUUGUCCGAUCCUGAAGGAUCCGAAGGCGCUGGCUGCAGUGACAGAUCUGUUUGAGGAGCACGUGAGGCGCACCUAUCCUCAGGUGGAUCUUAUAGUCGGACUUGACGCUCGAGGAUUUCUAUUUGGGCCGCUUUUGGCUCAGAGAUUAGGUGUAGGAUUUGCUCCAAUCAGGAAAAAAGGGAAGCUCCCUGGCCCAACGUUAUCAGUAGCUUAUAGUCUUGAGUAUGCGAAGGCGGAGGCAGAGAUGCAGGAAGACGCCGUUUCUGCAGGACAGAAGGUCCUGAUCAUUGAUGAUUUACUGGCUACUGGAGGAACCCUGUAUGCGGCGUGUGAGCUGAUCAAACAGCAGAAGGCAGAGGUGCUGGGCUGUUUGGUGGUGGUUGAACUGAAGUAUCUCAGUGGAUCAGAGAAGCUGCAAUCAACCCCUGUGUUCUCUCUAAUACAGUACUGACAGUGGUACUGCUUAUGUGGCGGAGUCUGUUUUAUCUUAGCCAUCUGAAAUGAAGUAUAUUAUAUUAGGAAUAUGAAGAACUUUCAAUCAUGUUUUGCUAGUCUUAAUUCAUCUUUGACAAAACCAUAAACUGAAAAAGAGAUAGGCUGCAUAAGAAAUCGCUUACUAAGUAGGGGCAAUCAGUAAUCAUGUUUUAUAUAGUGUGAGUGUAAUUUCACCAUACUACACUCUCUCUGUUGUCUUUAUCUUCAGUAAUGCUGUUUUAUAAACGCUCUCCCUUGGCUUCAUGGGAUAGCAAAAUGUUUGUUGUAUGCACACUUCUAGGUGCUCUUCAUCAAUUGUCUUAUGCAUACUCCAGACAUGCCACUCUUCUUACAUAGUUUUUCACCUAUUAUACAAAAGCAAAUGUAUAUGAUUUCAGAGAGCUUGUGUACAAACUCUUAAGCUUCCAGUUUGCGAAUAUGAAACGCUGUUGCUUGCAUGAACUUG